AUGAGCAGUCCGAAAAGACGAAUCGAGACGGAUGUAGGUCAUGAAACGAUGCCUCGACUCACCACGUCCAUCUCUGACGACUCACCCAGGAUGAUGAGCGACUACGAGGUUACUCUGGUCAACGACAACAGUAACACCACACUCAGUUGUCUUGCCUUGGUAUACUCUGCUGACACAUACCGCAGUGUUCGUACCCGACAGCUCGCUGCUUAUCCCCUCGUCGUAGAGGUUACUCACACACGCACNAGGCAAGAGUUCUUUGUCCGGUUUAAGGGUCCUGAAGAGAGCGGUCUCUGGAAGAUUCAUGUCGAGCUACCCGACCAGUACCCAUACAAGAGUCCCAGCAUCGGCUUUGUAAACCGCAUCUUCCAUCCUAACAUCGAUGAGCUUGUCUGCCUCGACGUUAUCAACCAGACGUGGUCACCAAUGUACGAGAUGGUGAACAUCUUCGAGGUCUUCCUCCCUCAACUGUUGCGCUACCCCAACCCCACGGACCCUCUAAACGGCGAGGCUGCAGCUCUGAUGAUGCGAGAGCCAAAGAGCUAUGAAGCCAAGGUCAAGGGUGAGAACCGUUGUCAUUACGCAUCGAGAGAAGCCGCUGAGGAUGCGGGCGAAGACUCGGACGACGAUGAUGAGAUGAGCAGUGUAGGCAGUUUCGACUCGGACGAUGACGAGCCCGCGGGCAACAUGGAUGAGAUCUGA